CACGGAAACUUAGAGUUUGUUUGUUUUUUUUAACGGAGGGAGUAUGUUUCUGCCAUUAGUGGUGUUUUAACGGCAAUCUUCUGAUUACCGGCGGCUGCAGUGUUUUCUGAUUGCCGGUAUGGUUUGAAUUUUUCAAAACGUUUCCGCAAAUUACGAGAUUCUAUAUCUUUUUCCGAUUUUUAAGCCGAGCAAUGGCAACAACUCACAGCAGUCUCUUCUCUUCUUCCACCUCGAAGCGCGGCCGAGGAGAAAGCCACCGAACAGUGCUGCGCAGUGCGGCGCAGCGCCGCCGCGGCGAGGGCCAUGGAGUUCCGGUUCCGCGCCGGCGAUCGCAGGCAUCGACCUCCCUCCGCCGCGUCCGGGCCCUUCUCCGACACCCGCCGCGGCUACUUCGUCGGGGCGGCGCAAGCCAUGCGAGGUUCUGCCACCCCCCGCGCAGGCGCAGUGGGGCACUUCCGCGGCGGGCUCCGGCCGCCGCCGCCGCCGCCGACGCCGUUCGGGUGGGAGGAGGCCGCGCGGCUGGAGCGGAUCAUCAGCGAGGAGGUGGGGCGGCGGCUCAUCGAGAAGGAGGUGGAGCGGCGGCUCAUCGAGGAGGACGUGCGCCGCGAGGUCGCCUUCGCCCACGGCCUCCACGUGCUCCCGCACGAUCCCUUCCCGCGACCGCCGCCGCCGCCGCCGGAGAUGCCGGUGGGCAUGCACCCGCACCCGCACGAGCCGCCGCCACGCUUCCAGGAGUUGGGGGCAUGGGAGGGAUUUCGACCUCGCCGGCAGCACGCCGGAGUCGCUGCUCCGCUUAGGUUCGGGCAGAGGAUGCUCCUUGGUGGCGCGGAGAGGAGGUGGUCGCCGCCGCCGCCGCCGCGGCCGAAGCCGAAGCACAAGCUCGUGCUGCGGGAGAUCGAACCUGGGGAAAGCUCCGAGGUUCCUUCAGAAACAAAACAUUCAGAAGCAAAACCUUUGGAAACAAAACCUUUACAAACAAAGGUUUCAGGAGUGAAGAGGAAAGUAGAUGCAAUUCCUGCAACCACUCGACCAGGGAAAUUACAGAAACCAGCCCAGGACUGGAGCUGUGCACUAUGUCAAGUGAGUGCAACUAGUGAGGGAGCUCUAAAUGAACAUCUUGAAGGGAAAAGGCAUAAGGCAAAGCUGGCUCAUUGUGGAGCCAGCAAUGCGAUUAAGGAUGGCAAAAGCAGCCUGAAAGAAAAAACUGCAAAUAAGGAUGAUGCAGGCCCUAGUGAUGCACCUAAGAAAAUAUGCAUCCAGGUAGAUGGAGCAAUGCAUGAAGUUGUUCAAAAAAGCAAUUACCUGUGGUGCGAUCGCUGCAAAGUCAGGUGUGACAACAACGUGACCAUGGCUGACCAUCUGCGGGGCAAGAAGCACAGUGGUUUAAACAAGGUUUGGACAUCAAUAAAUGCUGUCAGAAUGAACAAGAAAAAGGAACAGUCGGCUGCUACAUGGGAAGAAACGGUGAAUGAAAAUGAACGUACUGAAAUACCAGUGGAAGCUAAGGAUGACAGCGCAGGCUUGUCCACCGAAGAAGACGAAACAUGCCAUUAUGAAAUUCCAGUGAAAAAUAGUAAGAAUGAAGGCACAUACUUGGCCACUGAAGUAGAUCAAAGUGACUCUGAAAUUGAAACUCCGGUAGAAAUUAUGAGAGAAGGCUUGAACAUGGCCACCGAUGCCACCGAUGAAAAUGUCCGUAUGGAAGAUCCACUGGAAAUCAAGAAGGAAAACCCCGAUGAGACAAAUCUUGCGCCAAAGGAGGAGCAACACUAACACCAUAGAUUGGUGUUUUGCUUGACUUCUUCAUUAAUUAAGACAAGCUUAUGCCAAACAUAUGCCCGUUCUCUCUUCAACAUAUGGAGCUCACAGGGUAACAACACUACUUAGGGAUAAAUUUUUCUUGUAAAGUUGUUUGGCUACUGGUAAUCAAGUUAGGAACCAUGCAAGUUGUUUAUGAGUUGUGCCCUCUGUGCCUAGCGCCAUAGAUGACUUGCAAGAUUUCUAACUUGAGUGCCAGUGUCCAAGUAAUUUUGCAUGGAACAUUUCUCCCUAAUUUGUGUAGCUUGUUAUUCUGUAAGGUGCAUAUGUUACCAGAAUGGAUAAUUUGCAUGAUCUCAGAGAGAAACUGAUGUGGGCAUGCGAAGUAUUUUCAGCGAGUUCAAUAUCUUAGCCGCCUCUAUGCUACUGCUAGUUGCAUUAGUUUUGAUUGAUGCUUGGCAGUGACCAAGCUGAGCUGAGUCCUGUCUAUAUAGAGGUGACGAGUUGCUUAGCUCCCUGUAACUGUACUUCAGUUAUUAGUUUCUUCGUAACCUGUUUUGUCCUGGUAGGAACUUAAGUUAUUGGUUUCUUCAUAAUCUGUUGUGUCCGGGUAGGAUCUUAAUUUCGAGGCAGCUUUAUCUUUUCAGUUUUAAAA